UUUCCAGCCGGCGGCGUUUGGCCGGUGCACGGCGGCGGCGGGAGAUCUGCAAAGGCGGCGGGAGCGGCUCCAGGCGUCGCAAUGUCAGUUAAGAGAGCAUUAAAGUUGGACACUGUUAAAAAAGAUAAUCCAUCUGAUGCAACACCUUUGAAGACCAAAAAGAAGAAUCUAAACUCUUACUCACCGACAACAGGAACAUGCCAAAUGAGUCCAUUUUCAUCUCCCCUGAGUCAUAAUGCACAAAAUCUCAGAAAUCACCCAUCAAAUGGCAAUGGAACUGAGCAGAACGAUUCAGAAAGCGGAUUAUCCAGAAGAGGGCAGCCUCGAACAGAGGAGGAUGCGUUCAUGGAAUUGCAGUCCAAAGUGAAAAGUUCAUUGGUUAGAAUUCUGAAAAUAAGAGCAAAUCUGACAAGCCUACAGGCUUUAGAGGGCAGUAGAGAGCUUGAAAAUAUUGUUGGUGUCUCAGACUUGUCUUGCAUCUUGAGUGCUGAAGUGCAGAAAACCCAAGUGCUAAUGAGUCAAGCAGAAGAACUGCAGCUGUUGAAAAGAAACCAUGGAAAACUUCCUGCCCGAGAGUAUGUUCAGACUGCCAGUAGCUCUGCAUUCCUCAGGUCGCUCCUUGACUCAGGAACAGCAAUUCAGCUGUAACACACAUAAAGAAAGCAAGAAAAUUUGUGUGCUCGAGGUUAUACCUUCAUAAACGCCCCAAUGGCCAUUGCCCUGCGGUUCUCCAGGGAGGCUGCCUGCUGCAGCCCUGCUGUGCUACUGACAGCAGGGCCCUUCGCCGCCGGGCGCCGGCCUGGCUUUCCUGCAAAGCUGCUGCCUGCACCCUUCUUCACUGCACUACUCUUUGUUCCAGCAUCGUAAGGAAAAGCCGUUAGCCGCUGACCUUGUCUAUCACCAUAUAUUACUGUGCAUGAGAAAACUCAUUGGUCAUAUGUUUCAUAAAGUCUCUGAAGAUGAGAGUAUCUGCAGAUUGUAUCAUUCCCUGUAUAGUGUGAGAACAUCUCUCCUGUGGAAAGUUAACGUAGUCUAAGUCUUGUAAUUGAGGAAGAUGGAAAAGUAGAUCUACAGAUCUUACAAACUGUGUAACUGAGUGAGUGCAGGGGUGAGCGCAGACAUAUGCAUUUUGCUUAGUGAAGGUUAAAUUUUAUUUUGUAGUAGCAAAAAAAAAAAGCGCAUUAAAGUCCAGUUUGUUUGCAAGCUGAUGUUACCCUACUACUUAUUAGCUGCUUAUGCCAGAGAUUCUUUCUGCUCCUUACUCCUUCCACACCAACUACCGCACCAAAGGCAGAGUAAUCGAGGGACAGAAAGCAGUGCGGGAGAGCAGAGCUCCAUCAUGUUCAGCAGCUCACUUUCUCCACUCAGUGUAAUUUCUGGGUCCUACAGAAUGCAGAGUGACCUUUCAAUGGUGCAAUAAUCAAAGUCUUACACUGGCUUGUUAGCUUGACCUAAACUCAUGCUGACAACUACAAGGCUUCAAUUUGGAAUUAGCUCGGAGAGCACUCAUGUCGCUCCUAUUAGUUUAUGUCCAUGUGUAUUAUUGUCUAAUCAGUGAAUGCUGGGUUGCACCUUCUGUCCAAAAAGAGACACAUUUAUUUUUCUGGUUCUCACUAUCCCUUCCCAAGUGUGACCAAUACUGCAAAGCCCUUUGCUUACUUAUUGUUUAAAAAAACUAUAGUUGUGACAGCUAAAUAAUCUUUUAGCAAUUAUUUCUCAUUUUUUUUCUACAGAUAAAACCUAUAGCAUUUCCUUAAAACAUCCUAAAACACUACUGCAGCUCAAGGGAGACUCCUCUGCUGCUCUGCAUUGCCUUAGGACAUAUGGGGGUGUAUUUUUUAUGCAGUGAGGCUAGUACUGGACAUAGGCCAGACAUAUAAUGCUGAACAGAUCACAUGAAUGAUGAUGCUGUUGUCUAAUUGCUAUUUAUUUUAGUCAUUCCUUAUCUCCGCACAGGCAUUAUGUGAAAAAUGCAUUCCACAUCAACCCAAAGUUCUACAUCUGCUUGACUGUACUUAAAAGGAGAGAAGAAAUGACUGUAAACCUAUCUCCCCAGCAAAUACCAGUUUGGGAGUGCACGUUGCACUAGGCAGGUGCACAUCUAGAUAAAAUUUCUGGCAUCUAUUUAAACUUAACAAUGUGCACAACCAGAUCAUCUCAAUGUAAAUAAUACAUCAUGGUUGGUUUAUGCAAGCGUGCAUACAAAAUGCUGAUUUAGGUUUGCUGCUGCAUGGAAGACAAACUAUAUUUUCUGUAUGUUCUUACUGCAAAUACACAAUUAUGCUGCCUUGGUUUGUUUUGUUUAAAAAAAAAAAAAAACCACAAAACACAACAACAAAGGCAAUAUACCCCCUCCCUCCAAGAAGCAGGUGAGAAGAACCUAUGUUACAAGACGACAGUUGGCUGCCAGGCCUCCAGUGGGAACUAGUUCCUCCUGCCAGGGCGGGGGGUUGCAUGUGCCCACUCAGUUCAUCACUUCCUCCCCCCAAAAGCUAGCAAAACCCAACAGAAGUGAAUGCAUAAUCUCAUUUUGCCACAGCUGGCCUAAAAAUCAUGACUUUUUCUAAUGAUGAUUGGGCUCAAAAGCUAGAGGAGGCAGUAUUCUGAAGGAAUUUGAGUGCUGAACGCGUUGAAGUUGUUUACAGCCGAGCCCUACCCCGCGUGCGGCUGUAUUAGAGAUGUUAUUUGUCAUCUACGCCACUGUUCCCUCUAACGCCAACCCAAGACACACCAUACCAAGGUACUGGCUUCAAGCCCACGGUGUUAAAACUCUUGGCUCUAAUAACAUUUGCUUUUUAGGUCAACGUUUUAGCUUAGCUUUGGUAUUUAACGAUGUAUGAGGAGACUUGUUAUAAAACAGUUCCUUCUCUUUUUCCUUAACCUCAAAACCACCUCUCCAGCCUAGCGAAUAGUCUCAAAUCACUGAGUAGGGCAGCUGCUCUCACAUCAGAAGAGUGCAGUAGAAUGAUUAUUUUUUUCAGAAAGUUCAACAUAACUGCACACAACUGAAUGUCCUUUCUACUCCUGCAAAGUUCUGUUAGACAAACUGAUUUUAACAACUAAAACCCUGAGAACCGAAAUGAUAAAUGCAUCCCCAGUUGUGGUUAAACAUGUAUGUGCUCAUAAUUUUAAUAAAUUGAUCAAAAUGGUUUUGCACUUUAAUACCUGUGCAGUUGGACUGAAAAAGAUGUCAGUAAUUGUUUGCAGAGAAGCGUGUAGGUUACUCUGUUUAUCUUCUACUCCAUUCUCAGUUAAGCUUUCUGUGCUGUUGGUUUGUUAUUGUAUGUACAACAUUCAGCAGCUGAGUGCUUUGUAUGACAAGGGAAGGUGAGCCUGAACCAGCAAUAGUUUAUAUAACCUGAUUGUAACCUCUGCAGCUGGAAAUUAAACAGUUAUUGAUCUGAAAAGUCUGUAAAUGAACUGUAUGCCGGUCUAAAUCAAGCCAUUCUGCAUAGUCUUAAAAGCACAAAAUAAAAGUUGUAUGAAAAUGACAGUAAAGGUGAUGCUGGAUGACAGCGAGUUACAGCAGGAACUUACACCGUGGCAUUCAUUACAUACCAUGAAAUUUGGUAUUUAAAUCCGUUUUUAGGGCAAUACAAAGGUAUAUACCAAGAUUCCUCAUGCAUGCCUUGGCUACUUAAGCAGUUACUGUUUCUUUUACCUCCUGCUGUACCAGGCUGUUGCCUUUCAGGAACAGCUGGGUCUGUGAAGACCCAUCUCCAGUGCCACACCAGGUGGAUCAUGCGACUCUCACUUUAUCACCCCUGGAGACCAGCUCAGGGACAAAGAUGAGAGAGACACUCAGAACUGAUGUUUUUGUAUAGGGGAAGGUUGCCCCAUCAUCUCCUGAUGAAUACAAGAACAGGCUAGUUAGAACCUGAAGCUGUUCGGCUUCCUUCCCUCUGAAUGUGCUGUUUCAGAUGUUAUUUCAGUGGAAGCGGACGUUCUUCAAGCUGCCGGGACAUCUGGUGGUGUUCCGCCCUGCCGUGCUUGGGGGGAAUGCUGGGGAGGUUUUGCUUUCGCAGCCUCUGGAGACAAAGAUUCUUGUUUAUGCGUCCUGAUACGCAUCAAUGCCACUCAGCCUACACUUCUGAAAAGAAAGGCCAUGCUGUGGGCAGAGCUCUUGUAUGCACACCCUCAGAAAAAUUCUAAAUACUUGUGAAAAUAUUUAAGUUUUGUUGCUCUAUAGUGAAUUGUGACAGUGUUGGUAAACCACUAAACUGUUCUCACCCCCGAUACCAUUACAAUUCCUAUUCAAGCACACCUUUUUUAUUUUGGCUCAGCUGCCCUGGGUAUAAAGUUGGCUGUGGUUACUUUUUCCACACCAACUAGAGCUGGAAAAACAAAUAAAUGCACUCAGCUUGUAGACACUUCAUUUACAGUAUUCAUAACUCACACAGUUGGAGGUUCCCAGAACAGCUGAUUCACACACUCACAACCGACGCGGCAGAGUCACUCCAGCACGCGCUGAUGUCAAUGCCAGUUUGGUAUGCGACAGAGCGCACCGAGGGCAGGGGAGGAGCCUUUAAACAAGGGUGGGUUUGCUUUUCAUUACAUAUAUAUAGAUACACACACACAUAUAAUGUCAGAGCAGAAUGAAGAGAAAGGAUAGACUGACUCCUAAUUAAACUACACUACCAGGAAUUGCUUUAUGAUUUAUUUUCUUACUACAAGCUUUGUUAUAUAUGUAAUUAUUCCAUCAAUUUGUAUUCUCUGAACUAUUGGCAGUGGAGGCUGUACUGUGCUGAGGGAGAAAUCACAGAGUUUAGUUCAGUUUACAUCUGCAAAUUGCUGUGCAAUAAGGGGGGGUGUUACCCUUUAUUUUUCCUGAAGAGCCUAGUACCUGCUUUCAAACUGCACUGCAGUACCUCAACUAUUCUUUCAGUACCACCACUAUUUUUUGGCUUUUCAGUCCUGUUAGAAACAGUUGUGAGUCAUAAGACUACACUAGUGUUAAAACCAAAUCAUAGCGAAAGAAGAAAUGUAUUCCAGCCCACCGCACAUGUGGGAACCUUCCCAAAUGUCCCAGCCUCUACUUCUAACUUCGGUGCGUUCUUCAGCGUUCUGAAAGCAGGGGUAGCAUGGAAAAUAACACAUCAUAAACGCACGACACUGGUGGAAGGUUGAGUUUUCUUCCCUACACUAUUAGCUGAAGAACCAAGUGCUCUGCUUAGAUCGCGGAAUCUGCGGAGCGCCUUGCACCGACACACAGCCUCUUGCAACGGCCCAGAUGGACUGCGGCACCUUGUAUGGAACAACGAUGGAGGACAGCGACUGACUACAUGCAACAGUUUGUGUCAUAAAACAAUUCAGCAAGACAACUUAAGAGCUACCAGUUCGAAGUUUCCACUUAACCUGCGCUACUUUGCUUUUGUGCUGGGAAAUGUGUAAAUGUAAUACCAACACAACAGUGUGCUGUUUUGCUAAUACAGCUGGGGUAUUUUAGCACA